UGAUUAAUUACUUUUCUUGAUAGUUGCAGUGUAGGAUGCUACAAGGUUCAUUGUCAGGCUGAGUGCAGUGCUCCUUCAGUUGACCCAACCAUUACUUUAGAUAUUUUUGCUCCAGGCAAAAAAUCGCAUCAGCAAAUUUUGUUUCCGACUGAUGAUACAGUCAUGCCAAGGACACUGGAAAAACUACGUAACUCCCAGGCCCUUAAAACCCUGCUGAUGAAUCCUCAUUUAAGAGAGAUGGUAAAGGAAGUCGACAGUGCAACUAAUGCUGAAGUUGCCAUUCAGAGGGCCAUGAUGGAGCCAAUCUUUACAGAAUUUGCUGAUGUUUGUCUGAGCAUUGCAGAACCCAGUGAACAUAAUGAAGAUCUUGAAUCUGAUGAAGAUAUAUAAAGGCUUGAUUUGUAAAUGAUAAGUUAUACCCAUUUUGAUAUGUACUGUACUUGUAAGAAUAUAUUUUGUGUAGUAA